CGAGUCCCUAGUGCUUUGGGAUUGUUAAAAUUUUUAUGAAGCACACCACUGAAGAUGAGGUUGAAAAACUUGACUUUUAUCAUCAUAUUAAUAAUCCCAGGAGAACUCUAUGCAGAAGAGAAGCCCUGUGGUUUUCCUCAUGUGGAAAAUGGAAGGAUUGCCCAAUAUUACUAUCCUUUUAAAAGUUUUUACUUUCCAAUGCGCGUAGACGAAAAAUUGUCGUUUUUCUGCUUGGCUGGUUACACAACUGAAACUGGGAAGCAAGAAGAGCGAACCACAUGUACAGCAGCAGGCUGGGCUCCAGCACCAAAGUGCUUCAAAAAAUGCACAAAGCCUGACCUGAAAAAUGGUUACUUCCCUGAUGUAAAAGUGGUGUACAAAAUUCAAGAGAACAUGCGCUACAGUUGUGCUUCAGGAUACAAAACCGCUGGAGGGAAGGAUGAAGAAGUGGUUCAGUGUCUCUCUGACGGGUGGUCUUCUCCACCAGCCUGUAGGAAGGAACAGGAAACAUGUUUGGCCCCUGAAUUAUAUAAUGGAAAUUAUUCCACAACACAGAAAACGUUCAAAGUGAAGGACAGAGUGCAGUACGCAUGUGCUGCCGGCUACCACACAGCUGGGGGCAAGACGGCCGAGGAGGCGGAAUGUCACUCGCACGGAUGGUCGGUCACUCCACAGUGCUCCAAAUUAAAGUGCUCUUCUUUAAGAUUAAUAGAAAAUGGUUAUUUUCAUCCUGUAAAGCAAACCUAUGAAGAAGGAGAUGUAGUUCAGUUUUUCUGUCAUGAAAAUUAUCAUCUAAGUGGAUCUGAUUUAAUUCAAUGCUAUAAUUUCGGUUGGUACCCAGAAUCUCCUGUCUGUGAAGGAAGAAGAAAUCGAUGUCCUCCUCCACCUCUGCCCCUAAACUCCAAAACGCAGACAUAUUCCACAACUUACCGUCACGGGGAAAUCGUCCGCAUAGAAUGUGAGCUCGACUUUGAGAUCCAGGGCUCUGAAGACCUGCGCUGUGAGAAUGGAAAAUGGACAGAACCUCCGAGAUGCAUCGAAGGAAAGGAGAAGACAGCCUGUGAGGGGCCACCCGCCGUCCGGAACGGCGCAGCACACCUGCGCUCUGGGAUUUUUCGCAAUGGAGAUAAAGUCACGUACAGAUGUGAGCCCGGCUACUAUCUCCGUGGACCGGAGGCGAUAACUUGUCGGCGUGGGAAGUGGACACUACCCCCUGAAUGUGUCGAAAAUAAUGAGGACUGUAAACCUCCACCUGAUGUAAUAAACGGAGCUGUUGUGGGCGGGUCGUUGGCAAACUACACAACAGGGUCCUCGGUGGAAUACAGAUGCAACGAGUACUACUUACUGAGAGGCUCGAAAACAUCUCGCUGUGAACAAGGAAGAUGGUCUUCCCCACCACCUGUCUGCUUGGAGCCAUGCACUGUUAAUGUGGAUCACAUGAACAGAAACAACAUAGAGAUGAAGUGGGAAUACGAAGGGAAGGUGUUACAUGGAGAUCUAAUAGACUUUGCCUGUAAGCAGGGCUUUGUCUUGUCUCCGUCCGCCCCGCCGUCUGCCUUGUCCGUGCAGUGCAGCAGAGGAGAAGUGAAAUACCCUCUAUGUAUUAGAAAAGAAUCUAAAGGAAGGUGUGCAUCUCCUCCACUUAUUAAAAAUGGAGUCAUAAUUAGUUCAAUAGUAGGAACCUAUGAAAAUGGCUCCUCGAUAGAAUACAAAUGUUUUGAUCACCAUUUCCUACAAGGGUCUAGGGAGGCCUAUUGUUUAGAGGGAGUGUGGACUACACCGCCAUCGUGUCUGGAGCCUUGCACAUUAUCUUCAGUUGAAAUGGAAAAGAAUAAUUUACUCCUGAAAUGGGAAUUUGACAAUAGACCACAUAUUUUCCAUGGGGAAUAUAUUGAGUUUCUUUGUAAGAGAGAUACUUACAGAGCUAUGCCACAUAUUAUUGAAUCUGAACUCAGAGUGCAAUGUGAGAGAGGGCAGUUAAAAUACCCAAGCUGUGUUCCAAGAGACAGGAUUCUGUCUUAUCAAGAAGACUUAAGGACAUAGAAACGAAUGGCUGAAAGAGCUUUGGUAUUUCAACAUAUCAUAAAAUCCCUUAUAAAACAUAAUUUUUAGAAGAAAUAUGUUGAGUUAAAAACCCUUAAGUUUUUACUUGCUUGAGUAUAUGAAUCUGAUUGUUUGGGCUGAACAUUUUCUUUAUUUAUAAAUAAAAGUUAGAAAGAGUUGCUUAAUUUC